UCUCUCUCUCUCUCGCUCGCUGGCUUGCUUGCUCUCUGUUCAUGGGAGGAGCGCACACUCACUCAGUAUAAGAAGUGCCGAUCGUACAACUACCAACUUUACACAGCAACUCAGGAGAAACGAAAUGAUCUGCCCUGGAGCCGCAGCAAAAUGCUGGAUGGACACCUACUCCUGGGAUGGUUAUCGUUCACGGUCAUAGUCCUCCUUAUCGGCUUGCCUGGACCAACCACUGCUUAUUUCGGACUGACGGGUAAUGAGCCCCUGUCCAUCCUGCCACUGAGCACGCAGCCUGAGGAGAGCACAGCCAAAGCACACUACAAGCUCUGUGACCGGCUCAAGCUGGAGAAGAAGCAGCGAAGGAUGUGCCGGCGGGACCCCGGUGUGGCAGAGACCCUGAUGGAGGCCAUCAGCAUGAGUGCCUUGGAGUGUCAGUACCAAUUCCGCUUUGAGAGGUGGAACUGCACCCUGGAGGGGCGCUACCGAGCCAACCUGCUUAAGAGAGGUUUCAAAGAGACGGCGUUCCUGUAUGCGAUAUCCUCAGCAGGCUUGACCCAUGCCAUGGCCAAGGCCUGCAGUGCGGGGCGGAUGGAGCGCUGCACCUGCGACGAGGCCCCCGACCUGGAGAACCGCAAGGCCUGGCAGUGGGGCGGAUGUGGGGACAACCUUAAAUACAGCAACAAGUUUGUCAAGGAGUUCCUGGGCAAGAGGUCCAAUAAGGACCUGCGCGCCCGUGUGGACAUGCACAAUACAAACGUGGGCAUGAAGGUGAUCAAGGCCGGAGUGGAGACCACCUGCAAGUGCCACGGCGUGUCAGGGUCCUGCACAGUGCAGACCUGCUGGCGGCAGCUGUCGCCGUUCCACGAGAUCGGCAAGCAGCUCAAGCUCCGCUACGAGACGUCCCUCAAGGUGGGCAGCUCCACCAACGAGGCCACGGGCGAGGGGGACAUCUCGCAGGCCCGGGCCCAGCAGCAGCCCCUGCCGGGCCCCAGCGACCAGAUCCCCCGCACCACGGACCUCCUCCACAUCGAGGACUCGCCCAGCUUCUGCCGCCCCAGCAAGUACUCCCCGGGCACGUCCGCCCGCAAGUGCUACAAGGACAAGAACUGCGACGCCAUCUGCUGCGGCCGGGGCCACAACACCCAGAGCAGGGUGGUAACCCGGCCCUGCCAGUGCCAAGUGCGCUGGUGCUGCUACGUGGAAUGCAAGCAGUGCACACAGAGAGAGGAGGUCUAUACCUGUAAGGGGUAGCCGCCGCCCCUCCCCCGAAAAAGAAAAACACUCCCUCUUGCCACCCUCGUUGACUUGCGGACUGAACUGAGAAAGGGGGAGGGGGCGUCGGCCCGGGGAGGUUCGUGAGGGAGUGGAAGAGGCCGGCGAAGGCGAGGAGCUGGCCAGCGCAAAGAUGGAAAGCACUUUUGAAAGGCGCCUCGAGGCCGCCGGCGACGCUCGUUCACCGUUUUGUGCCGCGGGGGCCGAGAGCGUCCUCCGUAGAGCGCGAGAGGUGGGGUCAUGGGGGUUUGUUGGCUGGCAGGGGAGCUCUGCAUCGCCCCUCACCCAUGACCUCCAGCGACCGCAAGGAAACUCAGUCGUGGGUGGCCGUGUACCCUCAGUGUGUGAGCGGAUAGAGGAAAUUUAAAUUCCAAAAGACUGAUGUUUGGGCAGAGAAAUUUCCUCUUUUUUAUCAAAACCAACCCUGGCUAUAAAGAGCAGGGGGAUAAACAGUCAAGCAGCAAAUCUGAGGCGAUCUUGUGUGUUUGAGAGAAGCAGAGACAGGGUGUAAUAUAUAUUCUACACGCACAUAUACACACUCACACACACCUGUGUGUAUGCAUAUGUAUGUAAAUAUAUUUAAUUAUAUAGUAAUUCUAUUAUAUUUACCACUUAUCUAAACAUCUAGUACAACCACUACCCACACAAAUGUUUGGAGUUCUUUGUGUGCCUUUUCUUACUUCUGAUCGUAAUUCACUCUGACAAGGCCCUUUGGAAAGCAGUAAAUUUGUUUCCUCUUUUGCUCUCUGUGGAUAUAAUUUAUGGACCGAAGGUGUACGUGCUUUAUGUGUGCCGGCUUCUUUGGCCAUGAGACAAGCUACUUUUGUGACUACUCCUGUCCAAGGCAAGGAGACACCAAGCAAAAAAAAAACCCUUCCUUGGACUUCCCUUCAAACUUUGAAGGGGUAGGAGGAUACUAAGUACUUUUUUUUUUUCUUCUCAUCGUUUUUUUUAUGGUUGUUUCUAUUUUUGGCCACAAAAUAAACACAAAAGACUAAUUGAUCAGGGAAAGAUAAACCACUAUGUCCACUACUCCAAGCUAAACUAAGCUACGGCAAGUCUGGGAAGGGAUCAAAGAGAAGGGGAAGGAAUGUCGCAGUUUCUCUUAGCUUUCUGGACUGCAAAAGUGGCAACAAUAAUCUCUAUAAAAUCAGAGGAUAAAUCUCCAGAUACCAGCUGCACUGGAUUGCCAGCUGUGCCAAAUACAGGCGCACCACCAGUUGGUGGCUGUUUCUUACCCUUUCCUUUGAUGAGAAUCCUUGUCACACGAGCAUCACUGUGACAGCAAGACGGCAAGUGGUGUCAGCACACAUACCUUAUCCUCCAUCCAUAACACAGGACACUCUCAGUUUAUUUGAACAAAUGACAUAAAGCUGUCAGUGGCUAUAAGGAUUCCUGGGAGUAGAAUGCUCUACUGAGUCCUCAAUCCAUUCUUUCUAUCAGCAAAGGCUUAGCUGCAGCCCCAAAAUAAUUCAAUGAACCGAGAUAUUGUAAUUUUUUUAAGUUCCCUUUAAUGGAUUUUCAUCAAACAUUAUGGAAAUGUUGUUAUUGACAUGUAUUACGGUGUUAGUUAUGGUAAGAGAAAAUGAGUGUUUUUGGGGUGGGGAAUUACAUGUGUGCAUGAAGUAUGUUUAUACAGAAAAUGGAGUGUUUGCCUUGUUAACUCCUUAAAUGAAUAGUAAUGUACUUUUCCAAGCUUUUCAUGGCAGAACAAUGGCAACGUAUAAAAUUUGUUUUCUGCUAUUUUGCAAUACGAAAAUUGCUUGUCAGAAAGGGACUUCUUUUGUUUCUUUAAAGUACUUAAACAUUUUCAAAUCGCAAAAAAGUCAAGAAGUUCCUGUGCCUUAAAUUUCUGCCUUAGAAGAUGCCUUCAUUGUACGCUCUGUCCCUAAUUACUACAGAAAAUUCAAUUUCACAAUGUAGGCAAUGACUAAACAACCUCAAUGGAAUGUGUUGUUUGAAAAAGUAGAAUAUCGAAAGGCAUGAUCAAAGCAUUGCAUCUGAAAAAGUAGCCGUGAGGUCAGGUUAAAGUCAGUGAAGCUGAAAGUGAAAUGUUUUUUUUUCUUUUUUGUUCUUUUUCAAAAAUAAUGGUUUGAAACAGAUUUUAGUGCCAGCAUUCAAGUCGCAUAAAGAUGCCGUACGCUAUCCUUUUAGGAACAUUCAGUUAUUUGUUUUUUUUAGAUCAAAUGCAAAGUCAGAGGUACCGAUGUAGGUGUAAAUUAAUAAUUUUUCUUGUCAUUUCAUUGGUGGGCAGUCCUCCAUAAGUGACGCUCUCGGAGGGAGCACAUUUGACAAAUGUCCUUACCAGUACGUGACACACGACCUGUUGACCUAGAGUAUCAGCACAUUUCAAUAUUCUUUGUAUUCAAAACGGAGUGUAUGACUAUGAACAGAAAUAUAAAAAGUGUAUAUAUUACCAUAUGACGAAAAUAUGUAUGAACAUAGAAAUUUAUAUACAUUAACUUUUAAAAGGCAAGUGUGAAUGAACUACUGAGUGAGAAACCAUAUAUUGUAAUAUAGCACCAUUCACGCACUGAAGCCUGGAAGCUUUCUCUUUAAAACUUUAAAAGUAUUUAAAGACAAUGAUAUAUAUAUAUAUAUAUAUAUAUAUAUAUAUAUAUAUAUAUAUAAUGUGGAUGUAUUUCCCGUUGUGCAUUGUAAAUAGUUAUGGUUUAUUAUCCUGUGGUAAAAAGACAAGGGUGAGGCAUAUGCUUACAACUCACAGGCAAUUUUGGAGGAAAUUGGGGUGGGCGGUAGGUUUGACAUUGACGUUGGCUGAAAGGUUUGUGGUCGGUCACCGCUGUAAAACCUCUGGUUGCAAGAGAUUGCAGGAACUGACAUCUAAAAUUCCAUUUGCCAGUUUCCGUAAAUCAUGGUUAAAGAAAAAACAAAAUCAGACGGCAACACAUAUGUGACCGUGGCCUUAUCAGAGAGACAACAUAAACUCCCGAUCAAAACAUCCAUGGAGAAUGUGACCUUUCGCGCGCGCUCGUUUGUUUCUGCGUACUGUGACUUGCACACAAAAGUAUUUCUCUCAAAUAGGAGCUGACUUUUGGUUGUCUGUGCCCCCGUGAGCCGAAUUCCAAACAUUUUGAGAUGGCAAGGCAAACCAAUUAAGGAGCAGUUGAAAAUACAUACAUAGAGCUUUGCACGCUACAUGAAAACCAUAAUGGCUAUGCACGUAGCCUCAAAAAGAAAUGCCUCCACACCACAGCGCACAGGGGCAAGAGUCUUGUCAGCUGUCUGCUGUGUAGUUUACUAACUGAGCCAUGCCUCAAGCUAUGCUGUUCUGAUUCCCUGCAGUGCUGAUUCAUUAAACAAGUCCAAACAUUAAAGACUGUAUGUAUAUACAUUCUAUACUCACACAUACAUACAUAUAUUCUGUGUGCGUGUGUAUGUAUAUAAAGAACACACACAAUAUGCACACAUACAUAGUUUAAUCAUUUACAAUGACUCUGAAAUCUCAGAAAGCUGCAAGACUCCGUUCUUUAAUAUGUGAGAUGGUCUAUUCAAAAAUAUGUAUUUACCUAGUACACCCAUGACAGCAUACAGUGUAUCAUCUGUCAUCAUUUUGGUUAUUUCUUGUGGUCCAGAGUCAAUCUAACUGCAAUGUGCUUUCACCUUAACAGUAUCUCCUAGAGUACCCAUUUUAAGCAAGUGUUUCCCACUGCAUUGCCAUUGAAAUCAGCUGAAAUCAACAAAUGGUGUCGCAGGUGCAGGUAAAUUAGACAAAAGACACUUCAGAGUCAACAGGAGAGCACACUGUGCUUUGAUUGAGCCUGGUCCUUACUCAUUUCUGAUUUAGCCCAAGUGUUAUGCAGCUAGUGAGACCAUUGAACUGAAAGUUGGAUGUUUUUGUCAGUCAGACUGUCUUGAAACGUGUCUCUCUGGAUCAUGUUUGAUAUGUUUAUUUUGUAGGGACAAAGGAAAAUAGAAAAGAGAGUUAAAUUAUUAUUUUUUGAAAUAUUAUGAGCAUGUGUUCAAUGUAAAUACUGUAAAGUCAAGACCGUUGUUAUAGCCUUUAUUUUUUACCGUGGCUUGCUUUAGGCCUUAGGGGGAAAUAGAUUCUUUGAGGUGGAAAUUUUGGCAGAGGCAGUAUAGGCUUAUUAUUAAAACAAUUAUUGCACCUCUCUUUAGACUCUUGUUUUCAAAAAAAAAAAAAAGUGAAAAAAAACUAAACUUUCUGUCACUUGAGCACAAAACAAAUCCUAACAAAUUCAGUCACUCGUUGUUAUUCUGAUUCUUUUUACGAUGGAUUUACAUUUAAUUUCAUAAGAUAACCCCACUGAUUUAACCAGAAGUGUAGAACAUUCAGAGAGAAAUGUUUAUAUUCUGCUUAAGUUAAACUUCACAGAUAUUAUGACUGACAACAUCGCACAGGGCAUUGUGUGUCAAUGUUUUUCAAUCCAACAAGUGGCAUUAAAAAUUCCAGAGAUUGCCACUCCAAUUUUGCACCACUCUAUUCUGCUGCCCAGUGCUUAAAUAACGUAAAAAUGUUUUUUUUUUUCCAAAGAGACUGAGAAUAAGAAUAUAUUUAAUAUAUGAUGUAGAAAUUUAAUUCAUAAUGGGAGAAAUAAUGCUCCCUCAUUUAAAAAUUUUAUGAAUAUUACUGAUUGCUUGCUGUUCUCAAGAAAGCAGUACAUUUUUGAAAGAAAAAACCCUUUAGACCAAGUACUCUUAAAGAGUACCUGGAAUCUGAAAAGAAAUUUCUACUUUACUGGCCUACUUAAGACUGGUCACUUCAUAAGUGGCCUUUUAUUAAAAUUUCCUCCGGCAUUUUUGUAACCAAUAAUCAGCAUGUCAUACAGGCGAUCCUGUAAAUCACAAAUCUUACAAAUAUUGAUGUAAAUUGGUAAGUAACUGGGUACCAUAGAUCUCAAAGCUCAUGACAGGGAGUUCUAUAAAAACACAAAUACAGUUAUAAGAAUGUGACAUCAUUUGGGGUGACCUUCACCUACAGUAGGUCACCUGUAUUAGGGUUUGUAAUGUGCUGCCUUUGUUUUAAAUAAACUUCCAUCAUCCUUUGAUGGAGAUGUAAUACUAACAACAGAGGUUGGCUUCUUCCUCUUUUUCAUGUCUUAUGGGAACCUAAGUUAUUUUCUUCUACCUCAUGUGUAUAGCUUGUAGGUAUAAACUGAUUCUGAAUGACUGGUAAGAAUGUAUUUAAGUUAUUUAACAUCUUUGUAUAACAAAGGCAAGAAAAUCUGGAAAUAAUAAAUGAAUUUUUAAAUUA